AGAGCAGUGCCCAGAGCACUAUAGUACCCAGAGUACACUUCAGCUUGGCUAUCUCCUCUCUGAGUGGCCUUCAUCCCUCUGGCUCUCAGUUUCCUUGUGCAUAAAAAAGAUUGGGGCUCCACCUGAGACCAAGGCACUCUAAAUUUUAUUGCUUGGUGGAUUGUACCCUUGCCAACUUGGUCCCUGACGGGCUUUAGAGGCCAGUCACUUGGAUAAUUCCCAAAUCGGAUGGAUACCUGCAGGAAAACUGGGAAUCCAUUGCCCCCACAGAGCAGUCCAGCUGUUGCAAUGGACACUGGUGCUGCUGACUGCUUCCUGCGGAGGAGCCACCAGCCAACCCAGAGCAGGGGCUGGCCAGAGAAGCAGAUGGAUGCGUUGGACAGGCUAGUACGGACUCUAAACACAGCAUGUGGGAAAUGCCGUGUCCCUGGGAAAUACCCAUGUCCUGGGGAAGAGGUCACUUAGCGGUGCAGUUUAAAAUUUACUCAAACUGGACUCUGAAUGCUGCCCCUGCCACCAACCCUGACCUUGGGCAGGUUCCUUUGCAGCACCCCUUGUCCUCAAUCUACAACUGCAGUAAGGAGCAAGGUCCCCGGGCUACCAGCACCACAGGUAUCUUAGUAAAUGUUAGGAGCAGUUGUGAUCUUGUGUCCUUCACCCCCAGGCCUCUCAGGGGAUUGGGACUGAGUAUCUCCGCAGGGCUGGAAAGCCCAGGCUCCAGGCCACAGUUCCAGCCGUGGCAAGCAGCUCGGUUCUGAGAUGUGCCAACUGGGAUGUGAUUAGAUUUCUGAUUGUGGAGCUUCAGCAUUGUGGCCAGAACAGGAGGGCAGCAGUGUUUAUGGCAAGCUGCUUGGAGCCAAACUGCCCUUUUCAAGGUCUCCCCAGCUCUUUCCUCCAGCCCCUUGUUUUUGGGUCUCGGCCAGAAGAGGGAAACAAAGCAGUAUGGUGCUCCCCGUCUCCCCAAUCCAGACAGAGGGGGAUAGGAAGCAGGAAGAGCCCGAUUGCCUCUCAGAGCAUGCUAUAAAACUGGCCUGCCCACCCAGAGUGGCUCUAGCUCCAUCCUGGAGGCCCAAGUCUUGCUCACUCAGGCGGAUCUGCCUUCUUGGCAAAGCUGGACUCGCAACUCAGGUCUGUCUCUUUUCCCCAUCCUUUACUCAGACAGCUCACAAGUGCCCUGCCGGGAAGGGCGAUUAAGUAGCACUAAGUGUAUUUUUCCAGUGUCCACCUGAUAAAAAGAAAAUAAAACAAAAUCAAGGAGGUCAAGGAUUGAACUUUCGUUUUUUUUUCCCCCCCUCUCCCCUCAAGGGGCGAGGGGAAUCACAUGGCCGGGAGUAACUGAUUUAGCCAAGUGGCUGCAACUCAGUUUGCUGCAGAGCCGCCCCCUCCCGGCGGGAGCGCUGACGUCACGGAAAAGCCCCGUCGCGGGGCCGCCGGGCGCGCUAUAAACGGCUGCGGGCCGCGGUGGCUUUGGGAGACGGCCGUGCCAGCGGAUGCCACACGGCCUCGGGCUGCGGAACCGGCAUCGCAGGCGGGCAGCAGGCUCCGCAGCAGGCGGCGGGCUUUGUGCGGACCGACGGCGGACGCCCACCCCGCGGCCGGGUGCAGCCAAGACCCCACAAUGACUCUGAAUAACGUCACCAUGCGCCAGGGCACUGUGGGCAUGCAGCCACAGCAGCGCUGGAGCAUCCCUGCUGACGGCAGGCAUCUGAUGGUCCAGAAGGAUCCCCACCCUUGCAGCCUCCGAAACUGCCACUCCAGCACUCACGAAGACCACUGCCGACAGAGCUGGUCCUCCGACUCCACAGACUCCGUCAUCUCCUCUGAGUUGGGAAACACCUACUACCGAGUGGUGCUUAUAGGGGAGCAAGGGGUGGGCAAGUCCACCCUGGCCAACAUCUUUGCAGGUGUACAUGACAGCAUGGACAGCGACUGUGAGGUCCUGGGAGAAGAUACAUAUGAGCGCACCCUGUUCGUUGAUGGAGAGAGUGCAACCAUUAUCCUCCUGGACAUGUGGGAAAAUAAGGGGGAGAAUGAAUGGCUUCAGGACCACUGCAUGCAGGUUGGGGAUGCCUACCUCAUCGUCUACUCCAUCACAGACCGAGCGAGCUUUGAGAAGGCCUCUGAACUAAGGAUCCAGCUCCGCAGGGCCCGGCAGACGGAAGACAUUCCUAUCAUUUUGGUUGGCAACAAAAGUGACUUAGUGCGGUGCCGAGAAGUGUCUGUGUCAGAAGGGAGAGCUUGCGCCGUGGUGUUUGACUGCAAAUUCAUUGAGACUUCUGCGGCCGUGCAGCACAACGUGAAGGAACUGUUUGAAGGCAUCGUGCGGCAGGUCCGCCUGCGCCGAGACAGCAAGGAGAAGAAUGAGAGGAGGCUGGCCUACCAGAAGAGGCGGGAGAGCAUCCCCCGGAAAGCCCGGCGCUUCUGGGGCAAGAUUGUGGCCAAGAACAACAAGAACAUGGCCUUCAAGCUCAAGUCAAAAUCCUGCCAUGACCUCUCUGUGCUCUAGGCAGCCAGUGUCACCAGAUGUCUCCCUGAUGGACAUCGCUGAAGGCCUUUGGGACCAGUGAUCUAUAUUAGAUUGAAUACAUAGCAUUGUGAGCAGCGGCUUCCCCCUUGCAGAUGGGGACCAGCAGGUUAGCCUCCUGGGCAACCACAUGCCCAGACAAGGAGAGAUCUUUGUCGAGAGUCAGUAUUUAUUCAGAGGAGUAGCUUGACCUGCUACAUGGACGCCUGAGACUCACUUAAGGGCAUGUUUGGGGUUCACAUGGGUUUUUUCCUCUUCUUUGGGCAGCAGAAUAUUGAAGCUUAUGAAGAAUACCUAGAACAGGAGUGUCUCCUCAUUGGGGUUUUGCCCAGUUUUGUUCUAUGUGGAUUUGACGCCCGUGAGUCAUAAAGCAAUCUAGGGAACUGGUGGCAGUUUAUCGGAAGGAGGAGGGCUUUCUGCAUACCUCACUCCCUGAAAUGACAGGUGUAGGGCUGGCCCCAUCAUAGUCGGGACACUUACUGCUCCAUCCCACUGUGAAGGGACGUGCUGGCAUUUGCUGGAAACUAAGGCUUACUAACAGUUUUUGUUUAAAGACCACAGAGAUUUGUAGACUAAGAGGUGAUAGAUGUAGCACUUAUAGGUUCAAAAAAAUUGUUUACUUAUGUGUCUAACAAGUGUUUAUUUUGAGGAAACUAUUUUCGUCAAAUUCUACUUAGUUAAAUCUUCUUUUAUGUUUUGUUGUUUUUGAAAUCAUGGAGCUAUCAUAAAAUGUUUUUUAAAAAUCUCAACUAUUGGUAACCUGGAGUGCAAAAUGAUUGCACUUUAAAUAUAAUCCAAGGUUUUUUCCCCCAAAGCAUAAAAAGGUCUCAUCCUUUGGGUUGAUCCUUGUAUGCCACAGCUGUGUUCUAUUUAUUAUUAUUUUGCAAAUAGCCAUUUUAACAUUUGAUAAAACAUAUUUAUGAACAUAUUUCUUACUGAGAAAAAUGUCUGUUUUAUUAUCUUUUUUAUCUUUUUCAAAAUAUGCAAGUUUUUACCUAUAUGUCUUAUA